AUGUUUAUAUGGCGUCUCUUCUUCUGUCGCUUCUCUUCUUCGAGUGGGGGUGGAGGUAGGGAGUUACGAAGAGUGAUGCAAUAUGUGCCCACUUCUGUGGUCGUGGUCACCACUAGAGCGCCAGGUGGAGGCGGGGAGAGUGUGUUGCGAGGAGUGACCUGUAGCUCCUUCACAAGUGUGUCAGCCAAGCCACCUGUAGUCUCAUUCUGCAUGCAGAAUCCCAGCAGAUUCCACUCAUUGUUGACAGAGAGUGGACUGUUUGCAGUGAACAUUCUCUCAGAGACACAAGCGAACCUCAGUAUCCGCUUCUCAACUCCGCUGGCCCAAGGCACGGAAGAGGAAAAUAGUCAGUUCAAGAGAGUACCACAUGCAAUAGACACUGAGUUCAAUCUGCCCCUGUUAGAGGGGUGUGUGGGCCACUUACUCUGUUCGAAGAGGGAGUUCCAUCAGGUGGGCGACCACUUCGUAUGGUAUGGCGAUGUCCUCAAAACCAUCAUCGCUAACGGAUAUGAUGUGUAA